GUGUGCUUUGUUUGCAUCGGCGUCGCGGGCACGGGAGCGCUCUGCGACGGGUCGGGCCGCUACCGCCAGUGAACUGGAUUGAUUGGAAAGUAACUCCAUUGGAACAUACUUUGGAAACGCGUCAGCCCAUUGUUGUUGUUGUUAUUGUUGUUCUUUGCGUCGUUGUUGUUGAUGGCAGUAGAAAGAAAGAAGUUUGUCGCAAAAAAAGUUUGUCGCGACAAAAGACCUAGAGAGAAAAGAACGUUCAUCUGUCUGAAUCUUGCGCGGGUUUUUUUCGGCGGGUGCAGCGCCGAAUACAGUGCUAACAUCAGAAAGUGCUUCUGAAGUUGAAAGUGCUAAUAAAAGUGGUUACUAAGCCAAUUGAAAAGGAUUAGAUCCGAAGUAGAAAGCGGGCGGGCGAGCGAGCGAGCGAGCGAGAGAGAGAGAGAGAGAGAGAGAGAGAGGGAGAGAAACGAGCGAGAGAGUGAGAGAGAGAGAGAGAGCGAGGAGCUAGGAGCUAGAGUUAGAAGAGUACGUGACAAGCACGUUGGCGUUGCAUGACGGCUCUGUGCAUUAUUUCCUUGCCUAGUCAUAAGCAGGCAAACAAAGGCGGAGUAAGGAGCAGAAUAUGUUGUCCGUCUAUGCAACAGGGACAAAUGCUAGACGAAACGAAGCCAAAGUGUAGGUUGAUCAGGGAGCUUUUAGUCGAUAAAGGAAGAUCAACAACAGGAGUCUCGUUGUCUUCAGGUUGUGACUGAUUUGGACUUUUCUCAUCUGUCGUGUUGAUACGGCGUGGUUGGUAGUCUUCUAGUUCGAUCAGACGGGGGCUGCUCACGGGCAUCCACGCUGCCGCGGUGGUGUGGUGUUGACAAAUACACAAUGGCAGUGACGAUAACGAUGCUACUAAUGCCGGUCAAUUCUGGCGCCAGUCCCCGUUGAAAGAACUGGAAGAGAAGGAGCUGGGUGCCGUUGACUCGGCGGGCCUGCCAGAGGACAUAGGCAGCCUGGGCCGAUAGCGGCACGGAGUGUGUUCAUACUCGGACAAGUGACAGACAGACAAGUAAAGCAGACUAACCGAAGGCAACGAGAAUGACAAGUCAGGUGUGAAAGCUAUGACGAAAAAAUAGAAAAAAGAGGGGCAAAGAAAGAGAAAAUUGGAAAAGGUUUUUUGUGUGUGUGUGUGGUACAAAAAAGGAGAGAAAACGAAAGGCCAAGAAAAACCAGCGCAAACGCUGCUGGUUGAAGGAAAGAGACGAGGCUGAGUUGAUGGAUCUGUCACGCUGUUCGGUGUUCUCCUGAUCUCUGCACUGAUCCUCGUAACGUGUAUAUUGUAGUAUUUCGUCUAAACGUAAAUAUAUACGUAAAUAUACAUAGUCAGGUGAAACAGACGACGUCGGAGAGCACGAGGCUGACAGUUGAGGAGUGGUUAAAAACUGGUAGUUCACUGGAAGUGGCCCCGCGCGUCGCGGAUAUAUCUCGAGUAAACAUCUCGGCCGUGGAUGCUGCUACGGCCAUGUUGACUUUAAUCUAAAGUCAAUUUGCUCUGGCGGAUUAAAGCUAGCGUGGAAUGGCGUGAGUAGCGAUCUCUCAAGGUGUAGAAGAGCCGGCCGAGAUGUAAGCCCCCGAAACUAGCCGUACCGGGCUGGCUGCGUUCGAUUGAGACUUCUGGAUUUGAUUGAGGCGUGGUGUACGCAAAAUUGUACAGUAAUGAAGUCGUAGUUGAGAUCUAGUGGACAUCGUGAGGACCGCGGUAACAGGUCGCGGACCGCAAGGCAAGGACGGAGACGAGGUCGAAGGGUGUGAAGCGGCAUGAAGCGUGAGGUGAUGGACAAAAUGAGAGAAAGAAUGACUGCUUUAUUCACGAUAGAGCAGUUCGAGUUAGUACGAAGGCUUCGGGCUUCGGGUAUGACGAAAGACCAGGUCGCUUUAGCGUUUGACAAGUUUGACCAACUGGAGUGGGACCUUCAGGUUGGUGGGAGCCUCUUGCGGAAUUCCGGUGGAAGAGUAAACAGUGUGGCAUCGAGCAGUCCACCUCAGGUUAAUGGAGGUCGGACACCGCUUCACGUCAGGGAUCAAGAAAGAAAUACCUCCUCUGAAAAAGAACAUUCUCACGCGCCCCAUCACCAUCCGAACGGAAAUGGAACAAAUGGCGAACAAAACGGUCGACCAAAGUCAUCUGCGCAAAGCGCUUGCAGUGUUUCCUCAAAUGAGGAUAGCUCGGCAACGGAAGGCCGCGAGCAGAUGACGCCCCCCUUGCAAUUGACGCUAGCGCCUCCGCACAAAUCGCCCCCACCUCAUCGGGCCUCAACGGAUAGUAGCACGUCAUUGCUACCCCCGGUAUUAACGCCGUCCGAAACUGAUCGGGAAAACCUCCAGGCGGCAGCCGCUUUGAUGGCCUCGUGGCCUCUUAUGGCACCGACACCCAGUCACGGACCGCCCCUAACACCUAAUGGUAACGGUUCCACACCCAAUGGCCACCUCGGCGUUGUCCCGCUUCAAGCACCAAUGUCACGCGCCGCAAGCUUAAGCGUCUCUGGUGAAAGUACUGGUACUAUGGCCCCUUAUUUGCCCGAAGACUAUUGUCCGCCGGACGUCGAAGAAUUAAAACGAAAGGGCGAGGAAGCACUGCUCAGUGAAAUUCGCAAUUUUGUUAUGCGCUAUAAUAUCAAGCAGACGAUGAUCGCCGAAAUGACGAAAAUGUCGCAAGCUUACGUGAGCCGAUUUUUCCGUGGAGACAUUGCCGACAUGUCGGAGCGAACGAAAAACACCUUCUACAUGUGGUACCUCACGUGCAAGAACAACCCGUGGAAGCUCGGUAAGUCUCCCCCUCAUCCAGGCGUGAAGCGCAUGGUCAGCGAAAAUGGUGACCUGAUCCCCCUGAAACGCGAGCGGUUUACCUUUAAAAGUGCCCAUCUAGCGGUAUUGGAACGGUACUACGAGCGUGAUCCGUACCCUGAUGCGCAGACUCGUGAGCAGAUUGUCGAGGAGUGUAAUGUUGCUGUCGAACGACCGGAUCGUCCGUUAGCCGACCGUGAAAAAGUUACCCUACCAGUGGUGAACAAUUGGUUUAAUAAUCGUAGGAAAGAGGCCAAAAAACAACUUCGACAACAACACGCAGCGAUGGCUGCGGCAGCAGCCGCACAACAGGAAUCUCCGCCACCUCCAGCUUUCGCAGCACUGCAACAGCAGCUGGGUUGGCAACUUAUUCAGAGUUCGGCAUUGGCAAUAGCAGGAGCCGCUGGCCAAUCUGGUUCGCCCCCUCCCCAAACGCAGCCCGGAAUAUCGCUGCCGAAUCACCCUGGCCUAGCCGGCAUGGCCGCGCUCGCCGCGGCGCCCCACAGUGUGUCGGCGAUGGAAGACGAUGAUGACGACUCUCGGGGCAGCUACUCGAUCCCGGAGGAGACGAUGGCUAUCGACUUCAGCGAAGGCGGGGCUGCGGCUAGGGAGAAUCGCGAAAGUCGAGAUUCUGCAAGCACCACGCCAGCAAAUACCAACCUUUCUUGCAACGAACUUAGCAUCAAGCAGGAAGCGGUGUCGUAAACGAAAGAUGCAUGAGCAACGGUGCAAUGCUCGGCGUGGCGGUAGCAGUAAGUGACCCAUCCCGAGAUGACAAUGCUGUCUUGGUAUGCUGUUGAACUCAGUAGCAAGUACUGCUGCUGCUGCCGCUGCAGCCUGUGACUGUGAGUAAAGAAUAGACCCUUGUAUAUAGAAUUGAAAAAAUCUACAAAUCAAGACUAUGGACCUGUAAACCGAUUCGCUGCCGAAGAUGUCGGAACAAAGAGGAACAAAAUGAUAAUGGUGAAUAUAUAGAAGAUACGAAGAUGCGGAAGGGAUACGUGAAUCCGAUGAACGGACUCUGCUAGGACGAUGACGAACGGAGCCAAAAAAACUCUAUGUGAAUGAAGACGUUUGUGGCAAAAUUGACUGAACUGAGUAAGCGGAAAAUGAGGAACUAAGAGGGAAAAAGGGGGCGCGAAACAAGCAAAUAGAAAGGCUCAAAAGAUAAUGAACGACGGAUCCAAGUUAGGCCAUGUGUUCAGCUGGUUCAAAUGAUAGAUAGACUUUGAUAAUGACAAUGAUGAUGAUGGUAAUGGCGGUGAUGAUGAAAGAGCGCGUGGAAAAACGAGGAGCGAGCAAGUUACUGUGUAGAGAGAUCAAUCAAUAAGAUUUCACGGUAUAUGCUAAGAGAAACUGAAGGAAAAUAGAAGCUACAGCAAGAUAUGAUAACGAAUGACUGGAAUGCCAUGCUCAAUAUUGCACGACCAAUGAAGAAAGGACUUUAUUGAAGAGCUGAAAGAAACUUUGCGAAGGUUCUCGAUUGGUUUAGCUUCCAUCCCUAGAAACGGGAUGGGCUCAUUGCAAAAGAGGCCAACUGAGGUGGAUUUUUGUUACUAUGAGUAUUUGUCGAAAAUGAACAACGCAGAUCACCAAACUCGAUAGAGACACCUUUUUGAAGAAUGGUAAUAGCAGAAGACUAUAGAGAGUGUGCAUUGAAGUCUAGCGGUUCCCACAGUUUGAUGGCAAUUCAAAUUGAACAUCUACGUCUCAUAAUGACAAUAACAACAAUAACCGGAGAAAGCAUGAAACAGUACUAAUAUCGCUGUCUAGAGUCGAAACGUACCUCUAUUUGUCAGAGUUUUGAGCACAAGUAACGAUAGUUUUUUCGUCCUAAAGAUGCCAGAAAAGCUAUUUCUCUAAAAUGGUAUAACUUGAUUCUGAGCAAAUGGAGUACAAUGAAGGUGCUCGCUAAUUUUCGCAAACACGACAGACGUUGCUAAUGUACGCCUCCCCCUAUACGUGCAAAUGGUCUGUGAACAAACCUGCGUCUUUGUGGGGUCUGCUAACGAACAACUUUUCGGCCAUCUCGGCUGUUAAACCAUGUAAACUUCUGACAAACCGGAAAAAGGCGUUCAUCAGACGGAAUAUAAAAUACAAUGGAACAAAAAGCGCAAGAAAUCAAACGUCCAUAGUGACUUCUACGAUUGUCUUUUUUAGAUUAUUUAUAUAUAUAUACAUAUAUAUAUAUAUAUAUACAUAUUCGAUUUGGGUGAGAGCGAAAAACAAAGUAAGAAAUGUAACUAAGCGAAAGAGAGCAAGAAACAUGAAUAAGAAGAGAUAGAGUUUAUGAAGAAGACUAUUUGAUAAAGAAACAAAGAAAAUUGUUUGUACAAUUACUUGGAACUGUAGUUGCUUCUACUGCGGUGUCGGAAGGUUAAAGGUCGCUAAUUAAACGAGAAAGCGGAAAUGUAAGCCAUAUCGAAAACCAGUCCUGAGAUCAUAUUGUUCUAAUUUGCGCGUGCAAGCCUUUUGUUUGUCAGGACGAACGUAGAGUAAAAAACGGUGGAAUUUCGAUAAAGAAAAAAGGCCAUAUGCGUCUCGCCUUCUGCCUUCUAUCUUUCUCUCUCUCUCUCUCUCUCUCUCUAUAUAUAUAUAUAUAUAUAUAUAUAUAUAUAUAUAUAUAUAUAUAUAUCGUAUGAGGUGACAAAGUAAUAGUCCCUUACGAGGUAGAUGGGGGCAAAGGAGGGAAGGAGGGAAAAAACUAAAAUCCCGGAAGAGUGGCGACCAUGAAGCGUGGCACGCCUAAGGAAAGCUGGAAAUUGUAUUAGAUAUGAAGAAGAAGACACUUCAGAACGAGAACAAGCACCAUAUUUAGGAGGAGGAAAUAUGGUGCUUGACGACGAAUUGAGUAAUGAGUCACCCUAGAGAUCGAUAUGGCACGUAAAGGCAUCGUUUAACCGACUGCAUUACGAUCCAAUUGAAACCUUCUCAUAACUAGGCUUCAUAAGCGUAUACCCCUCAUUUUGAUCGACAAAUUUCGAUAGUGGUUGAAUAUUUUUGUACAAAAAAAUGAUGUUCAGCACGAAGGGAAAAAAACAUGAGAUAAAAAGCGAGUAAAAAAGAGCUCGACAUGCUAAUUAAAACUUAUUACUUACUAGAGACACAUGAAGAAUAUACGAAGUUACACAACAAAAACAAAUCCCUCGAAUGGACCACGACUAGAGGAGCGCACGCAUACAUGGGUAGAUCGAUUGUUAGCGAUUAGAGAUUUCUAUCGGAGAAUUCCCACGGCCAAUCAGCCACUUAAACGAAUGAUAGGAUAAUUCCUUGAUUAUCAAUAGCCAUUGUAUUGUAUAUAACUUACUUAACUGGCUGCAAAACCAUUUAUCUAUAACCGUCUUUCUUGUUUCACCGGAGUGUCGCAGAAGCUCUAAAAAACACCAAAGUCAUCCAUUGACAUUCGACAAACUACAAAGCUGUCUUGUUUUUGUGUCGAUCUUAACCACGAAACGGUAUUGAGUCGCAAAAAAUGACUACUAGGAAACCUGUUUCCGUAAUCACAGAACGUUUCGUCAUGUAUACAUCUUCACGUACUCAAUCCUUAUGCCCACAUUGCACCCGUUGUAUAAUGAUUCCCUCAACAUCUUCGAGUACCCCGUUGCCGAUGCGCUUCAUAACAGAAAAUCCACUUCCAAGAAAGAAAAGCAAGUCUUUGCGCACAAAGAUAACAACCCGUACCCACUCUUGCACUCCUCAUGUUCAUAAGCUCUUUGUGUACCUCUUCAUUGUAUUUUUGGCCUUUAAAGAUUUCGAUUCCCCCGCCCUGAACAGCUGAUAAAAGUCAAGAUUGACUUCCACAGCCACAGAGAGCUUAAUUUUGAUCAUCUUUAAAUGAGUUGUUAACAGGCCUCCUUACGUACGCUUUCUCCAUUAACCAUGCCUUCACUAGUGGAAUGGGAAUAGAUCUGUGAACUCUGCGUUGACGUUUUCGUUACUGAAUAUUAUCAGAAGAAGAUUGAUGUCGACAAGAUAUAACGUCUUUUUUAUUGUACUCGUUCACGUUGGGUUAUUUUAUCUGGUCUCUUUUAAUGUUUUUGCCACUUAAUGCCCUUACGUAGUAAUUAUGUCCUUCGCGUUAAACUAGUUAUUAAGUAUUUUUUUAAUCAGCAAUUACUCAAUCGUUAAUGUUGCAGUUUCAUUUAACCAUGUAAGUUACUUUAUAU